GAAAAUGCCUGCUUUUUUUUUGGUACGCCUACACGCAAAUAUACUUUUCUUUGCUAGGGCAAGUGUACAGCUGAGACGACAGAAGUAUCUCGACUGCAAGGCGUCUUUUGCCUUCAGCACUGUAUACACAGCUGACAGUUGAAUGAUUGAGGCUUGCUGAGGAACCACAUUCCCACACGCAGAAAGAAUCGAAGAGCUCUACCUUUCCGCGAGCCGACGUUUUUUUUAAAAAUCCUCGCGCGUUUCUCUCCGUACGCGACGGAUCUCACUGUUAACACAAUUGCCAAUAGUCAAGCGUCACAUUUAUUAAGGUUGAUACUACGCUGUAAUUGGAGCAGUUUGGCGAAGCGCAUCGUGUGUGGCUUUCUGCGCUUGUAUUCACAGCACUGUCCUAUUUGAUAUAUUAAUUAUACGCAAGGUCCUGUCCUCCUCCCCUUCCGCCUGAUAUUUCUAUUCUGUGCAUGUGCAUUGGCCGACAUUUACAGGCGCGAAACGUACAGGGGUCAACAGAAACAUCCACAGUGGUUCACACCACACGUAAUACAAAAGUAGUCGUUUCCCCCCUUUCCCGCCUCUCUCAUCGGCGGCUAUGCACUUCUCCGCCUACCCUCUCCGUCUCACGGAGCAGGAGCGAGAAAAGCUGCAGCUCGUCAUAGCUGCCCUCAAAGUCAGCGAGUACACCGAUGACGUGGACGACUUCAUGCGCCCGUACGGCAAGGAAGGUCGAAUGGAGGCUGCGAUACGAGAGUUCGUUGACACGGUCGUGGGUCUGUCCAUCGCCUCAGAUGCGAUCCCUCGUUCGGUAAAGGAGUCCCUACUCGCAAGCGAGUUGCAGGUGUCCACUGUGGUGCCGCUGCUGGAGGAGCUGUUUGAAAUUCUGCGCCGGCACAAGCGCCUCAACCCUUUUCUUCACCGCGGCGAGUUCGGAAAGCUGAUGAUGAUGCUGCAAGAUGUGCAGAAGCGGUCCGUUCAGCGUGCUUUGGGCAUCCAGAGCACACUUGUCAUCCCUGUUCGCACCGUAGGCGCCGCAUUAACUGAAAUCGGGUGUGCCGAGCUCGCCGAGGAUAAGGAGAUGCGGCGCAGGUUUCUCCGGGCGGCCGGCGCGGAGAAGCAGGCAGGAAUGCGGCAUUUUAUUGACCUCUACGGCAACGGCGACGAUGCCAAAAAGGCGGUUGUCGAGCACUGUCUUCGCAGCAUCGACGACGCAUACAACUUUAUCCAAUCCAACACGAUGCCCCUCCGUGCACUGCGCCGCUACAUUGAGCGCGACUUCGAGCCGCUGCCGUCGGAUAACCCCUACACCGUUUCUAUUCGUCACGGCCGCGAUGGGGCGUGCUUCACGCACACCCACAGCACCCACUGCCAGUACGUCAUGGAGUCGUUGCUUCUGUGGGAGAACGUGCAAAAGCACAUCUUAGAGCUUUGGGAAGUUGCGGAAAACGACAUGCUAGUCGAUGGCCGCGGUCAAUACGUUGUGACGAACACCGGCCAGGGUUUCCACCGCAUGUGUUCUGCACCGCAGAGUUGCCGUGCCAUGUCGCAACUGGUCCAGGAAACGGAGAAGCGCAUGGGUGGAUGGGUGGGUAUUAAAGUGAUCCACCUCGGCGACCGCGACGUGCCAAAUCCGCUCGUUUUCAUCGAUAAGUACACAGUGAUCCCACACAUCGUUCAGCCCGUGGUUCAGACUCUCCGUGCGCUGCGCUACGUCUUUCACGAGGAAGACGAGGAGGACGAGGGCCAGCCGCAGUUGGCGAACGAGUACAGCAACUACCCUGGCGUACGAAACCUGCUCCGCUCCAAGUACCACAGCUAUGCGGAGUUGCGGAUGAUGAUAUUGAGCGACUUUUUCAAGCACGGCUUCGAUGGUUCAGGCGACGACGGUGGCACCUGCAUCGACGGCCGCCUCACGUCUGCGUGGAAUUGGUGUCACCAGCUCAACAAGAAGCAGUACUAUGAUGCUUUCGUGCUGGGUGGAUUUUCUGGGUUUGAUUGA